AAAGCAGAUUCCAUUUCAAUCUUAGACUGAGGAGGCUAAUAAAUGGAAGGUAACACAAACCAUAAUGCAUUUCUAAUAAUUAGGCGAGUACGCCUAUAUAUACAUCCACUUUGUGCCGAGCUCUUCAUAUCAAGGCAUUUCUUUCCAUUAGCUCUCUCUUGACAGACAAAAGCAAAGCAGCACACACACUCUUCCAGGGUCUCCCACAGAGAGAGAGAGAGAGAGAGAGAGAGAGAGAGAGAUGGAGAGAGAGAUGGAGCAUUAUGAGCAGCAUGGUCUGUUGGAGGAGCUCCUGGGGCCUCAAAGGAGCCAAGACCACCUAUUUGGGACCAUCCCCACAGAGAUGAACGAGCUCUCUUCCAAUGCCUGGGCUUUUGACCAUCGCUGCUUUGGCGAAAGCUCAUCUCUUUUCUCUCCUUCUCAACCCUUCCCUGUUUCUCCUUCUCAACCCUUCCCCGUCUCCCUUGACCAAGAUGACCUCAACAGUUUGUGUUUCUCAUUUGGCAAUGAGUACCCUUUCUUGCAACAACCCCACAUGAUGAGCGACUCAUCCUACAGCCCGGUCACGGGUCCACAGUUCACUGACUCGUCCUAUAGCCCGCACGAGAUCGAUGCCGGGGUUCAAGAAGAUCAGUGCCCCCUUAAUCCUUUGAUGCAGGAAGACGAGCCGGGUCCUGUUCCGCUUCUGACAGUGACGGACAAUUUCCAGAGCCUAAAUUUACAACAAGCGACUUGCAAGAUUGAGCCUCUACAUCAAGAAUCUCCAGCACCUCCUCCUGUAGUGUUCAACAUGGGCGGUUCUUGUCUGGAAGGGAAGAGCAGGGCCAGGAAGCUGGAGGGCCAACCUUCCAAAAAUCUGAUGGCCGAGAGGAGGAGGAGAAAGCGGUUGAACGAUCGCCUCUCGAUGCUCCGAUCCAUUGUUCCCAAGAUAAGCAAGAUGGACAGGACAUCGAUUCUUGGAGACACCAUCGACUACGUGAAAGAACUUCUUGACAAGAUCAGCAGUUUGCAACAAGAGAGCGAACUGGAUUUGAAGCAGCUGAAUGUGUUAGCGCCUCUCAAGGAGAUGAAGCCAAAUGAAAUGUCGGUCAGAAACUCCCCACAGUUCCAAGUGGAGAAAAGAAAUGAGGACACAAAGAUUGAGAUUUGCUGUGCGGGGAAGCCAGGAUUGUUGCUAUCAACCAUAUCCACCAUGGAAGCAUUAGGGCUUGAGAUUGAGCACUGCGUUAUCAGCUGUUUCAAUGACUUUGCAAUCCAAGCUUCCUGUUCAGAGGGAUUGGAGCAGAGAAAUCUGGUCAGCUCUGAAGAUAUGAAGCAAGCUUUGUUCAGGAAUGCAGGAUACGGAGGGAGGUGCUUGUGAUGGUGAAGGAUGCUUCUGCUUUUAGUACUUGAAAAUGAGUUUUGGGAACGUGAGGAUGUAGUGAGACUGAGGCUAGAACAAUUUUUUUUUAUGGUUUUUUUUUUUUUUUUUUUUAUUGACUAACAGAGCAGUAUAAUGUCUGUUACAUGUGAAGAUGGUGAUCCAGGAGAUUAAUAACUUCUCAUUUCCUGUUACUGAAUAUGGUCAUGGAGAUGGAAAUUUUCAAUAUUGAAGUGCUAUAAAUGACAAAAUUGUUGUUUGCAUUUA